AGAGCGGUCUCCAGGACCGGAAGUCCAGCAAGAGGCGCUCCAACCGUUACGUGAGCGCCGCAAGGAAGAGCCCUUCCUCCUCCAAGAUGGCGCAGACUGUGAACAUUACAGAUCUGUCUCUGCAGCAGCUCGAGGGACUGAAGAGUCAGCUGGAUCAGGAAGUGGAGUUCCUGUCCUCCUCCAUUGCCCAGCUGAAAGUGGUGCAGACUAAGUAUGUAGAGGCCAAGGAAUGUCUUAGUGUGUUACAUAAGAGCAAUGAAGGGAAACAAGUGCUUGUUCCUCUGACAAGUUCUAUGUAUGUGCCUGGUACACUCAGCGAUGUAUCCAAUGUGCUAAUAGAUGUGGGGACUGGAUAUUAUGUGGAGAAGACUGCGGAUAAUGCCAAAGAUUUCUUCAAGAGGAAGAUUGAUUUCCUUACGAAGCAAAUUGAGAAGAUUCAGCCUGCGCUACAGGAAAAACACGCUAUGAAACAAGCGGUCAUGGAAAUGAUGAGUAUAAAAAUCCAGCAGUUGACAUCAGCUCAAGCAGGGACUUCCAAGGCCUAGUCUACAGAGAACGCCCCCCCCCCCCCCCAAAGUUUCUCUUCACAGCAGAUCCUACAACAUCCUUCUGCCGUGAACCCUGGCCAUUUCUGCCAAUGCAGUAAACCCCUUCACUACAGCCGACACCAGCCGAGCGUCGCCUCAAAGACUGUGUGUGACAGUUCUACUGCUUCCUCAGCCAAGGGGUUAAUUUAUUCAGAUUUUUUUUGUUUUAUUCUUAUUUUGUAUUUGAAAGACAUAAAGGCAUCAAAACUGAA